CUGCAGAGAGAAUAAGCAGACCUGUUGCCUGUAUUUGCAGAAGCUUGCACUCUUAAUAAAGCAAUCACGCUGGAAGAGCGAUCCCCAAGACAGAUGCUGGUGUCUGAUGGCUACACUCUGGGAGGCUUUGGAUGUUUGGUAGCUCUUUUUCCUGGUAGCACAGCGCUGUUGCAAGCACAACUUGCUCUCCUCCAGCUUCCAUGCGCAACACAGGGGGGAACUGGUGAGCUGAAGGCUGGGGAGCGCCAGAGCGCUUCUCUGGGAGCUGUUUGCAGCGUGCUGCUGCUUUGCAUUUCGUUGCUGUAGCAGCUCGUGAUAGCCUUUGUGCAACACUGCGCUCCUUUAAAGCUUGAGGGAGGAUGUAGAGGGUUUGCUCUUGCAGGGGUGGAUGACCUGCCCUCUCUGAAGAAGGCUGUUGGGGCAUUAGUAAGAGCUCUGUUCCCUGCAAGACUGCUCAUUCUCUGAGAUAACGACAAGCAGAGCAGCCUGAAGUGCUUGGAGGAUGACAGGCGGGGAAGUGUUUUCCCAUCAGCUCUGCCAGACUGAGGACCUGAUACGAUAAGUCUUCAUGUGAGUAACCCUAAUUUAGAUGAGCAGCUGGGUUAAAGCCGGCAGGGCUGUGUGCUGUAGGACCCUCUGAACAAACACACCUUUCAUAGCUGUUCCCUGUGCAGGAGGUGGAACAGGAGGUAGAAAGGUGCAGGGUAAGUCAAGAGUGGAAGCUUUGGGGCAGCAGUGGCAGAAACGUCUCCAGAGGGCUGGAUCCUACCUCUCCGAGAGCCUGAGCUGCUUGUCGGGGAAGGAAUUGUGAAAAUCCCCAUGAACCUGAGCCCCAAAUUUGAAGCCUCCUGGAGAUGCAGCUGAACCUUGCUGGAGAAGCUGGAAUCAGAAUCAGGCUGGUGCGAACACAGCUCUGGGGUGCUUGGAUCUGAAUAUUGCUCCCGUUUCUCCUGCCUCAGUCUCCUCCUGCCAGACCAGACUGUCUGGAGUUGCUACUGCUGGAGUCCAUGGCGUAUACAGUGAGCCCCACUCCAGCGGGGCCAAUCGGCACCCAAUACUGCGUUUGCAAAGUCGAGUUGUCUGUGUGUGGCCAAAACCUUCUGGAUAGGGAUGUCACUUCCAAAUCUGACCCCUUUUGUGUCCUGUUCAUGGAGAUCAAUGGAAAAUGGGUAGAGCUCGACAGGACAGAGACAGCUGUGAACAACCUCAACCCAGCUUUCUCAAAGAAGUUCAUUGUUGACUAUCACUUUGAAGAAGUACAGAAGCUCAAGUUUGCUCUAUUUGACCAGGACAAGUCGAGCAUGCAGCUGUAUGAGCAUGACUUCCUGGGUGAAUUCUCCUGCACGCUGGGCAUGAUCGUCUCCAGCAAGAAAAUAACAAGAACUCUCCUUCUGGGGAACGGCAAACCAGCUGGGAAAGGGAUGAUAACGAUAGCUGCCCAAGAACUCUCGGAUAACAGAGUGAUUACUCUGAGCAUGGCUGGCAGAAAACUGGAUAAAAAGGACCUGUUUGGAAAGUCAGACCCCUUCUUAGAGUUUUAUAAACCAGGUGACGACGGGAAAUGGAUGCUGGUCCACAGAACGGAGGUGAUCAAGUACACGUUGGACCCCAUCUGGAAGCCGUUCACUGUGCCUUUAGUGUCGCUGUGUGAUGGAGAUGUAGAGAAGCUGAUAAAGGUCAUGUGUUACGACUACGACAGUGAUGGGGGACACGACUUUAUCGGGGAAUUUCAGGCCUCUGUGGCCAGGAUGUGUGAAGCCCAAGAUGCCUUUCCACUAGAACUAGAAUGCAUUAACCCCAAAAAGCAAAAGAAGAAGAAGAAUUAUAAAAACUCUGGGAUCAUCAUCGUCAAGUCCUGCAAAAUAACCAGAGAUUUCUCCUUCCUCGACUACAUCCUGGGAGGCUGCCAGCUGAUGUUUACUGUUGGAAUUGACUUCACAGCCUCCAACGGGAACCCACGAGACCCCUCCUCUUUGCACUAUAUCAACCCCAUGGGAACAAAUGAAUAUCUAUCGGCUAUCUGGGCUGUCGGUCAGAUCAUUCAGGACUAUGACUCAGAUAAAAUGUUUCCUGCUCUGGGAUUCGGUGCCCAGCUCCCACCGGAUUGGAAGGUGUCCCAUGAGUUUGCCAUUAACUUCAAUCCCACCAACCCAUUCUGUUCAGGUGUGGAAGGCAUUGUCCAAGCAUACUCAGCCUGCCUGCCUCACAUCCGCUUCUACGGACCGACCAACUUCUCUCCCAUCAUCAAUCACGUGGCCCGGUUCGCAGCUCAGGCAACCCAGCAGGAGUUUGCGACUCAAUACUUCAUCCUCCUCAUCAUCACAGACGGGGUCAUUAGUGACAUGGAUGAGACAAGACACGCCGUGGUGCAGGCCUCCAAGCUGCCCAUGUCCAUCAUCAUUGUGGGGGUGGGCAACGCCGACUUUGCCGCCAUGGAGUUCCUGGAUGGAGACAACCGCGUGCUCCGCUCCUACACUGGCGAGGAAGCUGCACGUGAUAUUGUGCAGUUCGUGCCCUUCCGGGAUUUCCGCAAUGCCCCCAAGGAAACUCUGGCCAAAGCCGUGCUGGCAGAGCUGCCCCAGCAAGUUGUGCAGUACUUCAAGCGCCAAAACCUGCCACCCAUCAACUCGGAGCCUGCGUAGAGCCGUGCCAGGCAAUGCCGUCUGCAUGUUGCUGAAGUCUGUUGGUUUUAUUGAAAGUGCAUGUUUCACAUGCUUUUGAAAGAAUUCCCUCCCCAAAACACACAAAUUUGUACUUCUUAAUUUAAUUGUUAAGUUCUUAAAAUUCAUCCCAGAGAAGCAUCUGGAUUCAUUUUGUACAGUCCUGGGCUGAGGUAACACUAAGAGGCCAGGCCAUGCCCUGGUCCUGCUCUCAAGUCACUUUUCAGUAUUGAAUGUACUUUGUAUAAUUUUGGUGGAACAGGAUACAAUUUUUACAAUCAAAACUUGCUUUUUCCAAGCAAUGAAACACUUAAUAUAUUAUUAUUAUUAUCAUUCAAUGAACUAGUCCUUGUAUAGGUCAUGUAUCUGUGCUGUACCUCUGUCAUGCUCUAUGUUCAUUUUUAUACUGUGUUAUAUUUGUUAUACUCAGGUUAAUAAAGAAACUGGGACAUUUAAAACAAGGUUCUCCUUGUUCAACCCAGGGACCGGGUGCUGGGCCAGGGAUUACUCAGGGGUGCAGUACAGCACCAUGAAGCCUGACACUGGGAUGAUGGUUUAAAAACCUUUUGGGCAGUGACAGCAGGGUGACAGUCCUACUCCCCAUGCCUUUGAUGAUGCUUUCAGACAAAUCUAGGCCUGUUGCUGGGGCUGUAAGUGCUUUGACUCAUCCGCAGUUAUAGCAAAAGCUGCAAACUCAUCUUGUAGGGGGGAAAUAAAGCCCAACAAACCCACAGUCGUCUGCUCGUGCAGGCCACUCCUCCAGGAAGUUUUGUGAGCCUAAGGAAGCAGUACCAAGUACCCUCCUGCCUGUGAGCCCAGGCAGUAACUCUGCAGGCAGGUUGCCCCGUAGGCUCUUGGUGCUUGCCUGCGCGGAGGCAGGUUGCACAGGUGCUGCUCUUCGGGCUGGCGAAAAGACCAGUGAGCCUGCAUCAAACUGGCGAGGGAGCCUGACGAGUCCUUGCCACUUCAUCGCUGGAAAUCUUUCCAAGUCCAAGUAACAAAAGCUCACUGCUAGCUGGCAGAAGAUUAGCUAUGGUGACACCUGGGUAAUUAAAUCCCAUUUUCUAGGAGUUCUUCGGAGCUGAGGAUCAGAAAAGUGAUACCUUCAGUGCUAAUUACCGCUUUGUUCUGUUGUUAACUAGAUCAAGGCCUUUGAAGAUGGCUGGUAGAAAGUUGAAUAUAUUACAGGACUCACCAGCAAUUCAGCCUCAUCUCAAACUCAAUGAGACUUGACUUGCCUUCUCCUCAUUAGCUAACCUGCUUACAGUGGGAGUUUUGUGUCACCUUGCUGCCCACCCUGAGUAAAGGCUGGAGCGGAUUUGCACGUGUGCAUUCCACUGGCUCUGCUAAUUGUCACUGACUUACUUUCAGAGUGAAAUGUCUGGUUGUCACUGCUGCAGCCGUGCCAUCGUCACGCAGGCAGCCCCACGUAGCCAGAGCACGGAGCCAAAGCCGACGGUGAGGUCCCCCUUCCAGGCAGGUCCAAGUGUGGCUCAGUGGCACAAGGACCUGUGCCAGCCUCAACCUUGGUAAAGGUGGGGCUGCUUAGUGAAAUAGUCUCCUUGCAAAGUCCCCUGAAAGCGGGGGGAAUCCUCCAAACCUCCUUUCCCAAUUGGGGAAGCUGGCUUUGAAUGGUGGCUGUGUAUACAGUUCCAGUCAUCUCCUAAGCAGGCUCUGUGAUGCUCAGCUUCCAGACCAAAGUCCAUGGCUCAGGAGAGACUAUUUCUUCUUUCCUUAAGAAAAUCUCACAUACUCACUAGCAGCAAGCUCUUCUGCUGGUAGGGUUUCUUUUUUUUUUUUAAACACCUCUCUGAAGCCUUAACAACUAGCACAGACAACAAGUAGUUCAUGAAGCAGAAUCCUUGGAAAGGAGAUGAGGCAGAUGGUAUGCAGUUGUGGCAAAGACAGAGGGAAGGUCUUCAAAAAAACCAAAAAAACCCCAUGCCCACAGUUCACUACUAAAUGAUGGCGUUGAUGGAACCAUUCAUUCUUCCCUAGCAUGCUGCCCCCAAAGCAGAGUUAUUGCGUGGCUGCUGUUUUCAGAAGCUCUAAGUUUCCCUCUACCCCUUGCAGUCUUUGUGCCCCUGCAUAUCUCUGAACACACUUAACUAUUUUAGCAUCAAAUGGCUUUGGAGUGUAAGAAGGUGAACGGGACAAGUAAAUAUACUGACUGCAGCUGGGACUGCUCUACAGCUCAUUUACAUGGGCCAGGCCACAGGAAUAGACUGGAGGAGGUGACUCAGACUCAAAGCCUCGGGUGAGCAAAAUGGGUUCCCCAAGUGCCCUAUCCUGCUCUCCUGGGAACAAGAAGAAAGAGGAGUCUCUCAUGCCUGCUUUUACUGAGUUACAGCUCCUUCUAGCCACGCAGGGUCUAACAUAGCUGGCAGCACCUCCCUUCUGGCCUCGUUUACAGCCCCUGAAGAACAGUGCGAUGUCUGCCCAAAAUUGGCUGCAAAAUCCCACUCGAAGUUUCCAUCUGAAUCCAACACAAUCGCUUUGCUUGACUGUGGUUGUACAAAACGCCACCCAGAAAAGCGAUGCCCAGCAUGCUCACAGCCAGGCCAGGCUGUUCUGACACUAUUUAGAGAUUACUGUGAUCUAACUUAACACAAGGCCAGGACACCUACAUUUCUCACUUCAGCUGCUCAAGGCUCUUGCACAUGCACCUUUCAAGAACAGGCAUUUUUGUGCACGCCACUUCCCUUUUCACUAAAUAGUGAAGUGUAAUGAAAGUCAUAAAAAGCAAAGCAUUAGGGAGGCAGCAAGAGAUCUAGUUAUUUUCCACCUGAAAGUACCAUAAUUACAAAAGCUAGCAAAGAGGCAAGAGCAACUCUAGAGCAAACACAAGAGGUGCCAGACAGCUCAGAACAACAAGGGGGUUGCAGGGUUUUUGCAGGGGAUCCAGUGCUAAAUAAUUCACUGAUUCCCCUGUCUCGGGACAGGGUUUUGUGAACAGCAAAGGCAUGUGGUUGUGAUCUAUUCAAAUUCAAAAGACCAUGGGGCAAUGCUGGCAUCAUUAUUUUGAGCCACACUGAAAAGGUUCAGUGUCCAGCAAUCUA